AUGUCCAACGCUGAUAUCGUUAUCUCGCCUAGUGUGGAAUCUAUCGUAAACUCCUUUGCAACCGUCGCGCUCGACAUGAAGGACGCUACCAUCACCUCAACCCGUCAAUCUCGCAACGCCCUUGUUUACCCAAAGAAGCGUCCUUCUCCUCAUGGCAUUACAAAGUCUCAUAAAUCACCUUUGCUCCCUGCAAAUGGUGUUUCUCGUGUGUCUCCUCGCGCUGCAAAAGCGGCCUUUGUCCAGCAACAGCGGCAGAAGGCGGCUCAAUUGCUCGCUCUUCGUAGAGACGGUGCCUAUUUGGAGGAAGAGUAUCGCGAGGAAAUUCGUCGGUAUAUGCACGACAUGGAGCGGAACACAAUGUCAUCAACGCAAUCAAUGGACCAACAACCAGAGAUUCGAUGGCAUAUGCGUCCCUGCCUCGUCGACUUCCUUGUCGAGAUCCACUUCACCUUCCGACUGCGACCCGAAACCCUCUAUCUCACACUCAACAUCAUCGAUCGCUACGUCUCCCGCCGAGUGGUCUACAUCAAGCACUACCAACUUGUGGGGUGCGCCGCUUUGUGGAUCGCCGCCAAGUUCGAAGAUGCGAAGGAACGUGUCCCCACGGUGCAGGACCUCUGUCACAUCUGCCGCGACACUUAUGAGGAGUCGGCCUUCAUCCAGAUGGAAGGCCACGUGCUCUCGACCAUCCAGUGGACCCUUGGGCAUCCAACCGCGGAAGCCUGGCUACGGCUUUUCUGCACGGGACCCGUACCUGAGGACAACAAGGUUCAGCACGUCGCUCGUUUCCUCAUGGAGAUCACCCUCUUCUACCGUGAAUUUGUCAAAUUCUCCCCUUCAACAAUCGCUAUGGCUUCAUUGACAUUGGCCAGAUACAUCUGCGGAAAGCAGCGGCGGUUCUGGGAAGAGACAGACGAAUGUCUGGAAGUGGUGAAUAUCUUGGAUACACGUCUCGCUACAAAUGUCAACGACCUCUCCGAGACGUUGAUCAAGAAGUACUCUUAUGCCUUCUACUCGAAAGCCGCCACGUUGGUUGUCCAGUAUUAUCUCGAGGGGGGACGUUUCUACCAAGAAUCGUUCCCUUCACUUCCUUCUUUCCCUUCUCUACCCGCCACUCCCAAGCGAACGACGACAUCCGGUGUCAGUACCCCAAUGAGCACUUCGAGCACGUCGACCACAUCCUCGGAUCUGUCUGACGACAUGCCCGUUACACCGACGACUCCUUCGUCCCCGCCGCUCUUCGAAACGGCCGAGCCUUUCAUAAGCUCCUACUCGUCGGACGACAAGGAGAACAUGCCAUCGACGACGGUGGAACCGAUCAUCAACAAGCCUCUUCCAGACGCCGUUCCUGAAAACCUCCUACCGCACGGCUAUGUUACAUAUAGUCGAGCCGCUUUGCACAACCUCAACGUCUGUUCGCCACGGACGGCCAUUGUCACAUAGCGAGCCACUUCACACACACACAUCUCAUUCACCGCAUCUUCAUCCCCUUCUUGUCAAAAUGCAAGCAAUCGCAAAAUGUAAUACCAAUACACGUCGCAUCGACACUCGCAUUUCUGUUUUCGCAAUCAUCCACCAUGCCAUCAUCACUAUCCUUGCAUCUUCAGUUCUCAUCAGCAUCAUACCAUGUAUCGGAGGAGCGCAUACCUCGCGGGGAGUGGCUGGAGGUGGGAGAUAUCGGAGAGCUACGCUAUUUUAUCCGUCGCCGCCGACAUCCCCUCCUUUGGACUCUCCUUCGUUCACACUACCUCAAUAGAGACAUAAUCUUACGCGCUCCUUUUCAUACAUACUGUCGUCGUUCAAUUCCCGUCUCCCCAUCUUUUG